GGUCUCCUGGCUGUCACAGUAGGGACGUUCUUUUUUUGUUACUGAAUAUACGUUUCUGAGGGGAUGACCAGUGAGUACCCGCACGUUUAAUAGCUUUCCUGCUGGCCUGCAUUGCGAAGUUACGGUCUGGUGCGUAUGAAACCAGGCUAUGUCCACAAUGGUGUAUCCUCGUGAAGAAGCCCUGGAGCGACUGAGCCAGGAUGAGAUCGUCCUCAACACCAAGGCCGUCAUGCAGGGCCUGGAGACGCUGCGCGGCGAACACGCCCAGAUCCUCAACUCGCUGCUGGACUGCGCCCAGCCCCCUGCUGCUCAGGAGAAAUCCGGCCUGCUGCGUAAGAGUCUGGAGGCCAUCGAGCUGGGCCUGGGAGAGGCACAGGUGAUCAUCGCCCUGUCGAGCCACCUGAGCGCCGUGGAGUCGGAGAAGCAGAAGCUGCGCGCUCAGGUGCGUCGGCUCUGCCAGGAGAACCAGUGGCUGCGGGACGAGCUGGCGGGAACGCAGCACAAACUGCAGCGCAGCGAGCAGAGCGUGGCGCAGCUGGAGGAGGAGAAGAAGCACCUGGAGUUCAUGAACCAGAUCAAGAAGUUCGACGACGACGUGUCGCCGUCAGAUGAGAAGAACCAGAGCUCCGGCGGCGGCGGGGGAGGAAGUGGAGGGGACACCUCAAAGGACAGUCUGGAUGACUUGUUCCCCAACGAUGACGACCAGGGGCCAGCCCAGCCCAGCGGAGAGGUGGCAGCUCAGCAGGGGGGCUACGAGAUCCCGGCUCGCCUCAGGACGCUGCACAACCUGGUGAUCCAGUACGCCUCUCAGGGCCGCUACGAGGUGGCCGUGCCACUCUGCAAACAGGCUCUGGAGGAUCUGGAGAAAACUUCCGGACACGACCACCCAGACGUCGCCACCAUGCUCAACAUCCUGGCUCUGGUGUACAGGGAUCAGAACAAGUACAAAGAGGCGGCUCACCUGCUGAACGACGCGCUCGCCAUCAGAGAGAAGACACUUGGGAAGGAUCACCCCGCUGUGGCCGCCACCCUCAACAACCUGGCCGUCCUGUACGGAAAGAGAGGGAAAUACAAGGAGGCCGAACCUCUGUGCAAGAGAGCGCUGGAGAUCAGAGAGAAGGUGUUGGGGAAGUACCAUCCAGAUGUAGCCAAGCAGCUGAACAACCUGGCACUGCUGUGUCAGAACCAGGGGAAGUACAACGAGGUGGAGUACUACUACAGACGGGCCCUGGAGAUCUACGAGUCCAAACUGGGAGCCGACGACCCCAACGUGGCCAAGACCAAAAAUAACCUGGCGACGUGCUACCUGAAGCAGGGGAAGUUCAAAGAUGCCGAAGCCCUGUACAAAGAGAUCCUGACCAGAGCACACGAGAAGGAGUUUGGAUCCGUCAACAACGACAACAAACCAAUCUGGAUGCACGCAGAGGAGAGAGAGGAGAGCAAGGGUAAACGCAAGGACUCUGGCCCGUAUGUAGAGUAUGGCAGCUGGUACAAGGCCUGCAAGGUGGACAGCCCCACAGUGAACACCACCCUGAAAAGCUUGGGGGCUCUGUACCGUCGUCAGGGCAAACUGGAGGCGGCAGAAACUCUGGAAGAGUGCGCCAGCAAGACCCGUAAACAGGGUAUUGACGCCAUCAACCAGAGUAAGGUGGUGGAGCUGCUGAAGGACGGGGGGGCCGGAGGGGGGGACAGACGACAAAGCAGGGAGGGAAUCAACGGGCCGGGGGGCCAGCGGGGGGAGAACGAGGGCGACGACUCCGCUGAGUGGAACGGGGUCAGUGAUGGAAACGGGGCCCUGCGGCGCAGCGGCUCCUUCGGGAAGAUCCGUGACGCCCUGAGGAGGAGCAGCGAGAUGCUGGUGAAGAAGCUGCAGGGGAGCGGACCGCAGGAGCCACGUAACCCAGGAAUGAAGAGAGCAAGCUCCCUCAACUUCCUCAACAAGAGCACUGAGGAGACCACACAGGACGCCACCCCCGGCCUCUCGGACUGCAGGGGACUCAGCGCCAGCAACGUGGACCUAUCCAGACGCAGCUCCCUGAUAGGCUAGACCAAGAGAGGAGGCGGGACUGAGGAGAGGCUGUUUGCAGCUCGGUUUGAUCAAAACAAACACACUCUAAAGCGAGAUCAAACACUCGCACCUGCAGCAUAUUUUUUAAAGAACACUGAGAGAGAAAACAAAGCUUCACCACACUUAGCGUCCUCCUGUAAGAGCCGGGCGCCGCUUCGCUGUACAAACCGCCGCCAUCCGUCACUAAAGAGAAUAUUUAGAUACACAUUAAUCAGCAUGCUGCUUACUAGAACAUGGAAUGUCUGCACCUGAACACCUCGUGUUUUAGCACCGUAGCGUAUAUCCACAUCGUGAUGAGUCCCGUUUUUAGUGUGCAGACACUCGACCUAGGCUAAAUGUACCCCGGUUUCCGUUCAGAGGAGCGUCUGCACUCUGCGUAUCUCACCUGUAGCAUGAAGUAUCUCCUGACUGCUAACCACCCAUCCAAUGCAUAUCAAACGGUAAAAAUGGUACGAUCCGCUUUGAUUUAACCAGGAUAGCAGAGGUAUUUGAGAAGAAUACCAGCAAUCUUUGGGGAUUUUCAAAAUUAGCACUAACCAUUUAAACCUCACUUUUUUGCCUUUCUUGUUUUUUUAUGUAUAUACAGUUUUAAAUUAUUUGUUCUUUCCUUGUAAAUAGUGCACUUUUUGUUUUGGUUUACAAUUGGGUCUAAGAAAAUACUUGUUAUCUAAAGGGGAGGACUGGAAAACACAGAAAUAUGAACAGUUCCUAAACGCUGAUUCGUUGAGUACCUCGUCACUGAAUUCUGCUGACUCAUGGUUUCAGUGUGCUGUCAUAAUGCACUUUGAGCCUCUACAGCGCCCUCUGCUGGCCGUGCUUAUAACGAAGGAGGAAUUAUCUUGAGGGUCAUUCUUUAAACGUUGAUAUAAAAGGGUCAGAAAGUUCUUUUUGAAUUAAAUAACGCCUCCUAAAUACUACCUACUGAACAAAAUAAAACACUGAAAUCAUUUCUUUCAGGUACCGUGUCCUCACAAACACUUCCAGGCUUACAGCCAUAAGUCUGGAAGCUACUGAAGGAACAUAUUUAUUUAAAUAUCAUUUGUUUACAAUCAUGAUCCAGGAUAUUAAAGCGUAAUCAAUUUAAGAAUAUGGGUUCCUAUCUUAUCAAAGCUGGUGCAGUGCAUCGACGACAUGUUUACUCUCAUUUAUUCCUCUUGUGUUCAUGUGGCUGAGUAUGUAUCAUUUUGUACGAAACAAUCCUCAGUGCGCUUUAAUGCUGACCCGGAUGGAUUUCCUCAGUCGUAAUCAAACACUCGCAGAAGUCCGACUUUUGAACAUCCCUUCUCCAUGCUGUUUGUUUCCUGUUGUUGGUCUGAGCUUUUCUGCUAAAGGUAGUGAUCAUUUGAAUGUUCAUUAACCUGUUGAUUGUGGGAUCCGGUGGCUUUCACACUGGAUGUUCGUGCUGCGCUGUUUCCACCAAAAUAAGACCAAUACCAAGAGAACUGUCCACAGAAUGUACACGUCUUUCCAUGUGAAGUUUAUUUAAGCUGGGCGAGUCGUGAGAACUAUUUCUUUGCUUUAUUUGUACGGGUUUACUCGUUAAAAAUGUCCUGACAAUCUGAGUUUGAUUUCUAAGACGGGUCGAUGCCGGACUGUUGCAUUUUGUCCACGACGGUGCAUGCACACCAUCGCCAAAUCCCCCAAACAACCCGACACCGCCUUUCUUAAAAAUCACCUUUUGAUGACGUCACGUUACCGACUUUAAAAUAAAAAGUGCUUUUGUUCUGCCAGCUUCUGAUUGUGCGCGGUGGUUUGGAUGUAGAAAUAAAUGCAUGAAGGAAAGAAGGCGUACAGUAAGUGUUGAGGCAGAAAAAAGAAAUGAUGGUAUGGAAAGACGUCGUGGGAGGAGAAGUGCUUUAAGUGUCGUCGCAGCAAAUAAUGUACAGAACUGUCCUUUUAUAUGUUCACAUCUUCCUUCAGUCACACACACGUAGCUGUGUACAGAAUUAGUGCAACACUCAUUUGUGGUUUCCAGAAACUCUUGUAGGAGUAGCCUGACUGUAACACAAUCCUCUCCUGUCACUUCUCCACCUCUGGGUUGGUUCGGGGGUCUGUUAUUCAACUCUGUAUUAAUCGCUUCAUAAAUAUUAAGCACAAUAAAAACAGCCGAGAUCUAAAAUCUAAAAGUUUAAUGGUUGUAAAUGUUCGGAAAGAUUUUGAUCCAAAGAUGAAUCUCUAAUGUAAUAUUUAUGGAGUUUUUAGUCUGAGAAAUGUUAAUGAACGAUGGUCAUGUGAAUGUGUUGUGAAGGGGGCCAACCCAAAAUGUAUUUUAUCAAAAGGUUCAAUAAAUACAAACUCCACUUUUCAAACUGA